GAUGGCCCUCCACAGGAUUGGAUGGUGGCUGCUGUCGGUGUGGCCCCGAGCCAGGCCCUGAUGUCUUUAAAUAGUGUGAAGAGAUGCGCGGACAGUCCUGAGUGCGCGCUCUUGGCUUCACUUUGGCACCAGCAUCCUCCUCCUCGCCUGUGAACACCAUGACCCUGCUCCUCACCCUGUCCGUGUGGCUCGCCGCCGGGAGCCUCGUAGCGGAGGCGACUUAUUACCGGCACCACCGCUACAUCCCGCACUUCUACCGCUACCGGGAGCACGCGCUCAACGCGGACAACCACCUGCCCGAAGUGUCCAAUCCGGUGCCCGAAGCCCGGCAGACUUACCCGGAGAUCCCCGAGGUGUUCCACCCCGCACCCGAAGUCAUCCACUCCAUCCCCGAGGCGUUCCACCCGGUGCCAGAGGUGGUGCAUCCUGCGCCCGAGGUGUUCCAGCAGGUGCCCGACGCGCGCUCCCGCCUCAAUAUGAGCCGGGUUUUCUACGGGGUCAUGUUCGACGCCGGCAGCACCGGCACGAGGAUCCACAUCUAUAAGUUCAUCCAGAAAGAUCCAGUUGAGUUGCCAGUUCUGGACCAUGAAAUGUACCACGCAGUGAAGCCUGGACUGUCAGAGUAUAAAGAUAAACCAGAGGAGGGAGCCAACACCGUCCGCCAGCUUUUGAAGAUCGCCAAGAAGACCGUGCCUGAGGCUGAGUGGAAGAGGACCCCGGUGGUCCUGAGGGCCACAGCAGGUCUGCGUUUGCUGAAAGAAGACGAGGCCAGUUGUCUUCUGAAGGAGGUUCGAGACGUCUUUGAAGAAUCCCCUUUCUUUGUGCCAGACAACAGCAUUUCCAUCAUGAACGGAAAAAAUGAAGGAGUCCUUGCCUGGGUCACAGUGAACUUCCUCACAGGUCACUUGUACUCCAACACAAAGAGGACAGUGGGGAUCCUGGAUUUGGGCGGAGGAUCUACACAGAUCACAUUCCUUCCCAAGUCCAAGAAAACCAUUGUCUCUGCUCCUUCUAGCUACAUUGCCAAAUUCAACCUGUUCAACAACACCUACCAGCUCUACACGCACAGCUACCUUGGGAAUGGACUGUUUGCCGCCCGACUGGCAACUCUCGGAGCACUAGGAGCUGAUGGUCUGGAUUGGAAAAUCUUCACUAGUUCCUGUCUUCCGAAAAAAUUCAGAGAGGACGUGACUUUCGGAGGAAAGACCUAUAAAGUUAGCGGGAUUCCAGAUGGCUAUGCAGGCUACAAGCUGUGUUACUACGAGGUGAUGAAGGUGAUCAAAGGAAUAGUGCGCCAGCCUUUUGAGGUGAAGGGCAGCAGCGUCUUCUACGCUUUCUCCUACUACUUCGACAGGGCCGUGGAUUCAGGUCUCAUUGACGGCAGCCGAGGUGGUGCAAUCGAAGUCAGGGACUUUAAGAAGAGAGCAAAGGAAGUGUGCAACAAAAUGACCAAAUACCGUGCAGUCAGCCCCUUCCUCUGCAUGGAUAUGACAUAUAUCACCUGUCUGCUAAAGGAGGGUUUUGGCUUCAAGGACAACACUGUGCUGCAGCUAGCCAAGAAGGUUAACAACGUGGAGACAAGUUGGGCACUUGGAGCCACCUUCGACUACUUCCGAAAUCUCAACAUCCAUUAAGGACAUGCGCAAAUGUCGCUACAGCUGGCACUGAGAAGGACAGUCCGUCACUGUGGGGUUGCCCCUACUCCAACCGCCUUCCUGGGUGAAACACCCCACCUACGAUCCCCAACCAAUACUCCGAGAACUGCUAAAGAAAUCACUCUAUUUUUAUAACCCCAGCUUUUUUUUUUUUCUACUGUAUGUUGCGCACACAGCUGGUGGGCUUAGUUAACUUUUUGUCAAAGGUUUACAUUUAUGAUUUCUUGUGGGUGUUUGAUUCAAAAUGUCUCCCCCUCUCCCGUGAUCAUGUACAGGGUAGCUGAGAAACAUUUGUGGCGUUUCGGGAACGUUGGUGGUACUGUGGUCCUGGUGCACACUGGAAGUGCAACACUUACUUUACUCGUCUUCUCCAGUGCUGGCAGUCAACAGUCUCUUUACUUUAUCAGUAAAUUGUUGUAAAACUCCACAUUAAAUUAUACCCCUUGCAUUACACAUAACAGAAAUCAUCGCAACAUAGCAGUUAACGAGAACACAGCUUCUUCACCGCUGCACAUUAACACUUUGAUUUGCAGGUAUUGUAGCC